UAACAAGGAGAAUUAAUGAAGCAGCGGCUUAAAGGAGAACCAAAACCAGAGACCACCUACCGUUGGAGCUGCGAACUUCCACGUUUAGUUCAUCUCUGCCAUUUGGGAAUCGGCCAUAUUGGUGUUCUUUCUUCAUCCCGGUCGGUAACACGCAACAGUUCAUUUUUGAAAAUGUCUGGACGCAUGAUGAAAUAUCCUUACACAUUCACGGCCAAGUUGGCCAUGUUUCCGUGGAAACAUCAUAUGACGAAUAGCUGGCUCUACAAAUAUUACGCUAUUGGAGUUGUUACUACUCUUCCCGUCUUCGUGUGGUUGAACGGGAAAAUUAACUCGCCUGGCAAUAUCAAGAAGUACGAAGACCAGAUGGCAAAGGAAGCUGCUCUUGCCCAUGGUCAUUAGUGUACGAAAAUAUCACUGUUGUAAAGAAUUUGAAAAUAGUAAAUGAAUACCAACAAAGCAUU